ACUCAAUUAAAAAAAAGAUCAACUAAAAGAUAAUUAAAUUUAUAAAAAUAUUGAACUUUCUUAUCAAUAAAGUUUUGAUGUGUUUUUGUUUUGAAAAAUAGAAAAAAUUGCUUGACAUAAACCUAGGUCUCCACUAUAUAAACAUAAAAAUAUAUUUGCGGACGAAAUUAAUCAUUAUGUACGAAUGGCUCUUUAAACUUCCAAUUUGAGUAAAUUAGUCUCAACGUCUGCGGGAUCUGUGAAACAAAGUUUACUCACACCAUGCUUCAGUAUGUUAGGACCGCUUAACAAACCGAUACGUCUUUAAGUUUCGCAGUUGUUUUUACCAUACUACUUUAGUAUACUAGCAGCCAAUGUGAACUUUAAGUUUUAAUAGAUCUCUAGUGUGAAGUUAGACAAGUGAAGUCGGUUCGAUGCUAGCUCUUGAUCUAGAAUAAAACAAGACUGAGAAAGAAGCCACUUCUUGAUGUUUAUUUGUUAGCUAGAACCUCGGUCUUUAUCUUACACACUAAGAGAUAAAGGCCGAAUAUUUCGUUUGCUCAUGUAUCCCCUAUAUGCAAAAAUUAUCAUGAAUCUUUAUGUAGCUGAUUAAUAAAAACCGUUUUGAUUUUGAGUUCACUUGUUUGUUUUCUUGUUUGUGUUUAUUGUUUCUUAUUGAUAAGAAGCUUUUUACCCUAAUUAAAAUAUUUUAUUUAUUUAAAUCAAAAUUGAGUUUGUGUUAAACUGUAUUAAUGUGAACACGCGGUACGUUGUGCAGAAGAAAUGGAAAAUUUACAUAUAAAACAGCUGCUAACAUUAAAAAUAUAGUGAUGGAUUUCGCAACAUGGCUUUUUGGGUCCUUGAUGUUCUAUUUUUGGAUAUGCACCGGCGCAAGUGAUUUCAAGUUUUAUUGGAAUAUUCCAUCUUUUAUGUGCAAAAAAUAUCAAAUUACAUUUGAUAGAUUGCUAACGGAAUAUGGAAUAAUUCAAAAUCAAAACGAUUCGUUUCGAGGAGACAAAAUAUCAAUUCUCUAUGAUCCUGGUAAUUUUCCUGCAAUUUUGCAGAACACCUCUUCAAAGGAAUUUGUAUAUCGAAACCACGGGGUACCGCAGGAAGGCAAUUUGUCAGCGCAUUUGGAACUUUUUGAAAAGCAGCUGGCAGAGCUCAUACCGGAUUCCAAUUUUUCGGGCAUUGCAAUAAUAGAUUUUGAAUCUUGGAGGCCAAUCUACAGGCAAAAUUUCGGAGUGCUCAAGCCAUAUAAGGCUCUUUCAAUGCAAAUUGAACAGAAAAAGCAUCCCCGAUGGUCGAAAGCACAAGUUGAAAAAGAGGCAGAGUCUAACUUUGAAAUUGGUGCUAAGGUUUUUAUGAUCAACACUUUGCUGACGGCUAAAAAAAUGCGUCCAUAUGGUAAAUGGGGAUACUAUGCAUUUCCAUAUUGCUUUAAUAAUGGGAACGGGUUCAAUCCGGAGCAAUGUGCCAAAGGUGUUCAUGAUGAAAAUAAUAUGAUCCAAUGGAUGUUCCAAUCUUCAGAUGUAAUUUAUCCCUCUGUAUACUUGCAAGAGCGAAUUCCACCCUUUAAUCGAAUACCAUUUGUAAGGGGAAGGGUAAGCGAAGCUUUGCGUGUAGCCAAAAUGAGCGAUGAAAAGGUACGGCCGCAAGUUCUGGUUUAUCACAGAUAUGUGUUUACGGAUACUCUGAGACAAAUCGAUGCUGCCACCACUUUUAACAUUUUUCAGGAAAUAAAACAGAACGGAGCAGAUGGAAUAGUUUUGUGGGGUAGCUCGUAUGAUCUUGAUACAAAAGCGAAAUGUCAACAGUUCCAAAUAUAUUUGAAAGAAAAGUUGGGACCUGCUGUACGUUUGGCUAGUCAUCUUGGUAUUUGAAUAAUAAAUAAAUAUUUAAGUUU